CCCAUUUUGCAAACAGUGCUGCACCAGUUGAGUAGUCCUCGACUUACGACCAGUUGAGUAGUCCUUGACUUACGACCGGUUGGGGGGUCGCGGCAUUCAAAAGGUUGAGAACCACUGGGCUAAAGGCUCACCUGGGCCGCGGUGGUGGUCAUCCCUAAAACUAGUAACGGACAGGAGUGGGCCGUUGUUAAAGUUGUUCUGACUGUGCUCCUUCUGGUUCCUCCCCACCCAAAAUGAGUUUUCCCAACCGGCCUAACAAGAAUCGUCCCAGAGGAUCUGGGAGACAGCUGCAAAGGGCAUCGCCAGCUGCAGACUGUGAAAGUGCCCUGCUUUUACGCGUGACUUCCUUCUCUCACUUUUCCUCAAGAGUUUGAUUGCCGUCUCUGGUCAGCUUCUGCAAAGCCUGGAAAGUUGGGCCCGGGUCUCCAAUCGCACAAACGGAGUACAUUUUGCUACACACUCGGUGGGGCUGGAAGGCUUUUUUCGCCCACCCAAGAGACACUUAACAAGGACUGACCGGUUGGAUCGCCUUGCCGUCCAGGGGACUCGCAGUCUUCUCCAUACCCAGUUCCAGCAAACCAUUCGAUCACGGUACAAUUUCUAUCCAGCAAAGACCAGCGUCUGUUUCCCAAGGAAAAGAGCUACGGGAACCGGACCUGCCAAACGAGACGUUUCCUGCACAGACGUUCUGCUAGGGCAAGAGUUUCCCAACCUUGGCUAACUUUUUAAGAGGUGUGGACUUCCAACGCCUGGAAGACAGGUCAUAAAACGAGGGAGCCAAACUCUCGGAACAAACCUCUGGCUUAACCACCAAAACGUAGGUCUCCGUUGCGGACGUAAGUCGAGGACCCCCUGCUCUCCUUCAAGAAAGCCCUCUGGAGCUGAGGACCGGUCUUUGCAAAACUGCUGGAAGUUCCUCAUCUCGGAGGGUGACCAGGAGCAGGUGCCAUGCCCGGCUGAGUGCCCCCAUGAGCCCGGCCGCCCCGUCUGUGCCUCUGACGGGAUGUUUUACCCGUCGCCCUGCGCCUUCCAGAAAGCCCGCUGUCGCCAUCCCACCCUGCAGGUUUGGCCCCGUUUCCGCUGCAGAGGAGCCGCCCAGCGCGAGAACAACCGUGCCAAUUUGACCCGGUGUCAAGAAGACCGAGCAGCCGCCCUGGCCAAAUCCCGGCGCCAGACGCACGCCCCCUACGUGCCCGAAUGUAGCGAGAACGGAGCCUUCAUGGAGGUCCAGUGCCAUAAACAAACCGGCUACUGCUGGUGCUCCUCGCCGGAAGGCAAGCCAAUCGCGGGAACGUCCGCCCUGAACCGAGCGCCCAAUUGCACAGGAAUGGAUUCAGUGGGAACUUCGUGGCAAGAUGCUAAUUCUUCUAAGCGAGAUGACAUUAAACCCUCUGUAAUAGCUGCCUUCCACCUCUUUUCCUCUCUGAACGCAGAAGAAGGUGGUGCCAGCCCUCGGCCUACUCAGCCGAGCCCCCUGCCCCGCAGGCAGCCAGAAAGUACCACUUUGCCUUUCCUGAUUCCCGUCAUCCUUCCGGAUUUCAAGGCCAACCACACGGUCAAACCGGCUCCAGAAUAUCCACCGUCGUGCGAACAGGAACGGCGGGAAGCCAUCCACGAGGCCCGCCAGCACCAGCAGGAGGGCACUUUCAUCCCGGAGUGCGAAGGCGACGGCUCCUACAAAGAGGUGCAGUGUCACCAAGCCACAGGCUACUGUUGGUGCGUGCGAGUGGGCACCGGACGCCCCAUCCCAGGGACCUCGACCCGAAACUUUCCUCCGGACUGCGAAGCUGAUGCAGCAACCAAGAGCACAGAAUUAGGGUCCUUGUUCCGAGAUCGAAUCCUGCCAGGUUGUCCUGGGUCAAAGAAGACACAAUUCCUUACACAACUGAUCAAAGCUUUAAGCUCCCACAUGCUGCAGUCCAGGCUGAUGACCAUUCCCUACCGCAGGUUUCCGGAUUCCUUGGCGGCCCCCAGCCUGGAGGAGCGGGCCGUGCGCUGGCAGUUCACCUAUCUGGACAGGGACUUCAGCAACGGCGUGAGCGAGCGGGAGCUGCGCCCCUUCAAGCAGUACAUGAAGCAGAACACCCGACCCAAACGCUGCGCCCGCAAGUUCCUGGAUUACUGUGAUCUCAGCGGCAACAAGCUGAUCUCGCUGCCCGAAUUCAGAGGCUGUUUGGGGCUCAGCUAACCUACCGGUUUUCUCUCCCGCAAAAGGGCGUGGAAUCUCUCUCUCUCUCUUUCUCUCUCUCUCUCCCCCACGUUCCUGCCUCCCAUGGCUGACGCUCUGCACUUUAAAGAAGGGGACUGGAUUCUCUGCCAAGAAUUACGAGGACGUUUCGGCAGCAGGGAAGAACUAGCCGGAGAAUCGGUGCCCGCCAAGUCCAGCCCGCCCGUUCCCCCCUGGAUUUGCUCCUUUCCGCUUUAAAAAUGUCCAUAGGAGACGCUGCAGUAAUCCGCUGUCUUCGUAGAUUUUGUAAUAGUGACGGUAUUUUUAAUCCUCGCUUUAUUUUUCACGGUGUCCUUCGAAAGGAAAAAAUCUGACCGUCGGAGGAGGAGGAGGAUGGCCGUCUCUGAGCGUUUUUAAAAACUUGUAUUUUUUUUUUCCAAAUAAAAGGGCAAUUCCCCCCAUCUAAGUCCCUGGGGAAAAAUAAGCUGAAUUUUAGAACCAACUUCUAGUCUUAUCCGCAAUAGGCUAUUCGAACCAAUAAAUUAUAUACAAGGAAGGAAGA